AGAAAAAAAAAAGGCCAAAAACCAUCGGCACCUCUUCUAAAAAAAAAAAUUCCCAAAGCCAGAGAAUAAACACACACAGAGUUGGCUAAAAAAAUUAAAAAAAAAACACACACAGAGAAUACAAUGGAAGCUGAUCAGCGGACGGUCGGAGAGUACACGCUGACGUGUAGGCUCGGCGGAGGCUCGUCGUCGACGGUGUGGAAAGCGGAGCACCGUACAAGCGGAAAAGUGGUGGCGUUGAAGCAAAUCAACCUCCUCAACCUCACUCGCCAACUCAAAAAUUGCUUGGACUGUGAACUCACCUUCUUGUCUUCUGUUAAUCACCCUAACAUCAUUCGCCUUUUCGAUAUAUUUCAGGCUGAAAACUGUAUUUUCCUUGUCUUGGAGUUUUGUGCUGGAGGAGAUCUGGCUUCUUAUAUCAGAAAUCAUGGCAGAGUUCGAGAAUGUGUAACUAUAAAAUUUAUGAAACAGAUUGGAGCUGGUCUGGAGGUACUAAGCUCACACCGAAUUAUCCAUCGUGACUUGAAGCCAGAGAACAUUCUCUUAUCUAGCUUGGAGAAUGACGCGAUUCUUAAGAUUGCCGAUUUUGGUCUCUCAAGAAUGUUAAAUCCGGACGACUUUGCAGAAACCGUUUGUGGUUCCCCUUUUUACAUGGCUCCAGAAAUUCUUCAAUUUCAAAAAUAUGAUGCGAAGGUUGAUAUGUGGAGUCUUGGUGCAAUUCUGUUUGAACUACUUAAUGGUUACCCUCCUUUCCGUGGUAGGACUAGUGUUCAGAUACUACAGAAUAUCAAGGCGUCUCUGUGUCUUCCUUUCUCUGAGCUGAUUAUUCCUCAGUUGCACCCUGAUUCUGUUGACUUAUGCUCGAGACUAUUGUCUAUCGACCCAGAGAAGCGGAUCUCUUUUAAAGAGUUUUAUCGACAUCGCUUUUUGAAGAUAGGCGAAGCGGGGGAUGAAAGCUUCUGUUUGAAGUAAAAACACUCGGAUAUCUUGCUAGGCAGAAGGACCAAUAUAAUUAUCGCUGUUUAUACUUGGAUUUCAAUUUUUUUUGUGUCAACUUGAUGAGCUCAGCGUCUUUUUCCUGCUGAUUACUCUAGGCUAUUCACUAGUCUGUCAGUUUCAAAUCAUGUGAAUGUGUCAUUCUCAGAAAGCAACCUGCAUCGUUGUACAUCAUAGUUCUCUUUCACAGAUGAUUCAGUCAGGUUUUACAUUCUAAUAACUACCUACCUAAACACUCCCGCAUGAAAUCUUUCAUCUUUGGCCAUCCGAGGACAAAUAAAUGAUUCUCCAAAAUCUUCAAAUUGAUCAUAUGAAUUGAGGAAAUUCCUUCAGUAGUACUAGCAUCAGUAUCAUUUGUCUCCAAAACAAUGUAUACUCUCCUGCCUCAAAAAUCUGUAUCAUUCCUUGCCAUCUGAGUAAAGGACAAAUAACUGAUUUGCACAAAUUCAAAUUGAUCAAAUGGAGUUAAUGAAAUUCCUUCACAUCUUUGACAGCUGUUGUUUGCUGACACAUUUAAAGAGGUUGGCUACAUCUUGACUUGGAAUGCAGCAGAAAAGUUCUCAUUCUGGAUGCUGAGCACGAAAACUGAACAUCUUGCAGCAUUGUGUACUUCAAUUCUGGCUAGGGGAUCAUGGGGACACUGCUAUGUACGAAGAGACAGAAGUUAGCCUACCAAAGGAGUGGAAGUAACUUCUUUUAUCAUAUGGUUCCCAUCUCUUCAUUAGACAGUUUCUCCAUGAGUUUAAGGGGUUCAAGAUGCUAUGGAAAUCAAUUCCGAGGAACUUACACCAACCUGUAAAAGUGAACAAGAUGACUGACAAGGCAACUAAGACGGAAUGAGGGCUAAGAAGGAUAUAUCUCUUUCAUGCUGUGAUUUCUGCUGUUGAAGUUGGAGCUCAACAACAACCUCCGACAUAUCCUUUGGUUCCACACUUUACAGAGUUCUUGGCUAUCUCCUUCUGGCCUUUAUGCCUUUGGUCUCUACCCAAAGGGGCAUUUCAAGUUGGCAUAUGGCUAGCCACCACACCUGAGAAGGGGUGUCAUCUGAUGAUCCUCCAGUCAUCUAGAUGCAUACCUUGGAACCAUUAGAAGGUGCCGUAGAUAUCUCAUUUCUAGCGUGUCCAGUCUUUUCUCAGGUUUUGUGUACGCGUACGCGUAGUGAAAGAGUUUCUAAGUACUAUAUGUCAGUUGCCUAGGGACAGGUAUCCUGUUAUGCAUCAGCAUGUUUUAAGGAUAUUGGUGCUAUCUUGUGUGAAUAAAAGUUUCUUAUCAAAGUAGUUAAAUGUUGAA